UGACUUAUAAUCAAAUGGCAAGACAUAUGGAAAAUGUCUUGCCAUUUUCCACAGAUCCAUAUGAAUCCAGCAUAAAUCAAAACAGUUGAAAACUGUUUGCCUCUUCCCAUUAACAACACCUGAACUGAAUCACGCUUGACCUUAAAUAACCCCACCCGCUUCAGACACACUCAGAACUCAAAAUUAAAUACGCCCUGUGGUGGCCAUAAACACGGGAAAGGAUAAAAGGCUCUUACAGCUUUCCUCCAGCUGUCCUUGCUACAUAUGCAGUAUUCCUCUCACUGCACAUUUUCAUGAAAUCUCAGAAAAAUCACAAUCGGGCUUUAAAAAAUAGCUCUGCUCUCUCUUCUUUUGUCUCAGAAAAACAACUGUUAGGUCGCAUAGUAACAAGCACAUGGCGCCUGGAGGUGGGGGCUCUGUACCCUCACCGCCAGGAGGCGUCAGCCUGCUACAGAUUAAGCCGGGUCUGUGGAAAUGCGUUCACUCCGAAGUAGAGUGGAGUCAGGUCGGGUCGAGUAGAGCGGAGCUGCUGAAGUAGAGCCCGUGGAAAAGGGGCAAAAGUAUGAAGAGAGGGCAUUGGGAGCUGUGAGAGCAUUUCAAUUUAGGAUAAAACCAAAGUGAAAAAUAAUUUUAUGCCACUAGGUGAAUACCUUGUUUGCUAAUGAAAUGUUUUAUUUUUGGAACAAUUUUUUUUGCUUAACUAAAUGUGCUUUAUUAUUUCUUAGGCUUCACUUAAUAUACCCAGACAGUUUUGUUUGUUCCAAUGAUCACAAAUUAAAUCCAUAAGUUUCCUCAUCUUAGUGAGAUGCUGGUACAUUCCUGUUUAUUCCAGGAAUGCAUAACAGGAUUGUACCAACAGGAAUUGUAAACUAAGUACGUGUUUUUUUAAAUCAUCUCUGACUUAUAGAUGGCCGUUUUAACCAGUUUUUCUGGUGUCCAGUCCAGCAAAUCCCAGUCCAGUCCGUUUGGUAUCGGUUCUGGCCACAACUACCAGACUGACCCUGCCUCCUACAGUCCACUGUCAUCCCCGGCAACAUCCUCGCCCAGUGGAAAUGCUUACUCAGGCCUGACAAACCGCAGCACAGCCUUUGAUGUGUCAGGAGAAGGUGGUCAAAGUGGAGGCCAGUUCCAGGGUCGCCCCAGUGAGGUCUGGUCCCAGUGGCAGAACCAGCAUCAUUCCCAGCAGUCAGGGGAGCAGCACUCACACGCCAACCCCAGCCAGACAGAGGUCUUCCAGGACAUGCUGCCUAUGGCUGGAGAUCCCACCCAGGGGACAGCAAACUACAACAUUGAGGAUUUUGCGGAUCUCGGCAUGUUUCCACCCUUCUCUGAGUAAAGGUCGCCUCUACGACAUACCAAUGGA